GCCUUUCAAGUUAGCGUUGAUGGCGUCGGAUAUGCGUGUAUAAGUUGCAAGUGUAUGUUGCAUUCUGCGUGACCGUUUAAAGGCAUCACCAUGGGUAAAGGGUACAACAAUUACAUGUGCAAAAAGCCAUUUCAUCCUGCCUCACGGGACAACAUCAAAAGGGCAUGGAUGGCAGAACAGAGGACUGAGAAUGAAAAAAGGAAGCAAGAAGAGCUGAAGUUGCAGUAUGAGAAAGAACAGGACCUUUAUAACAACAGGUCUCUGGUCAGUAAGGAGAGCAAGGAAAAGCUGUCACUCAAUUUCAUGUAUGAAGCCCCACCAGGUGUCAAAAGAGAACACCAGAAGGAAGAUGACGAGCCUGAAUUCAAGUUUGAGUGGCAGCGCAAGUACAAUGCACCACGAGAAGACUUCGCCAAGGACAACAAGGAGAUUCGUGACCAGCCGUUUGGCAUCCCUGUGCGCAAUGUUCGCUGCAUUAAGUGCCACAACUGGGGCCACAUCAACACUGACAGGGAGUGUCCGAUGUUCAACCAGGCUUCUACAUCUUCAGGUGGUGUAAGCAUGGACCCUUUGGAGUUGAUGAAACAAAUGAGGGAUGAUGGCCUCCAACUGAAGGCCAAUGCCUUGGGACAUCGCUUCAAUGUGAACCAAGCAAAUCAGCUGCUUGUCCCAAGUGACGACGAAGAUGGUGAUGACCCGGAGGUGGCAUUUUUGAAGUCCCUCAGCACCAAGCAAAAGAGAAAACUCUUGCUGAAGCUAAACAAGAUGGCGAAGAAACAAGACCCAAAAGCUGAUAAGAAGAAACGGAGCAAGGACAAGAAGAAGUCCAAGAAAAGAAAGCACAAGCAUGGCGGCAAAAAGGGAAGUUCCAGUAGUGAGAGCUCCGACUCUGAUGUGGCUAAGCGAAGAAAAGAUCGCAAACGGAAGAAGCAUGCUGGAAGCAGCAAGAAAAAGACAUUCAAGAAGGGCUCCAGCCACGAGAGCAGCGGAUCGAGCAGCAGCUCGGAGGAGUCGAGCUCUUCGAGCGACUCUAGCAGUCGCUCAUCCUCUUCAGACGGCAGCGACGACCCGCGCUCACGCAAGCGCCGGGCCUCUGAAGAGCCCAGCACAACUACAACCGACGUGUCAUCCUCCAAAAAAGCCAAGCAUGGCCGCAAGAAGAAAGAGUCCAAGAGACACCGGCAUGGCAAGAAAGCCUCUGGCUCAAGUGACAGCGAGGGCAGUUCCACAGGGGACAAACACCACAAGAAGAGGAAGAAGCACAAGUCCUCCAAGGACAAGAAGCAGCACAAGGGAAAAGCUCCGAUCAAAGAGAAGACAACCAAGGGCGUAAGCAGCAGCCUCGUGGAUGAACUGAAGGAAUUGCUCCCCAAGACGGGCGUAGCAGGAUCCCUCUUCAGUGAUGGCAAAGCGCAGAAGCCUCCAGGGCUGCUUUUCAGCGACCCCUUGAAGGACCUGCUGCCGAAGCCGGCUUCAUCUUUCUUGGACGAUGACUUGGAGGAAGCCAUUCCUAGGAAAGACCGGUCUUCCUCUCACCACCUGGCUGACUCCUUUGCAGAGAAAUCAUCAAAGAACGGCCCCUCCAUGUUUAGUGAAUCACUGAGUGACUUUUCAAAGUCAAAGGACACCUCUGCAAUGUUUGAGGAGUCCUUGAAUGACCUACCAAUGAGGCAUGUGGCUGAGCCUCCAAAGGACGUGCCUGCAUCCAAGCCGAUGUUUAAGGACACUUUCAAAGAGCUUGUCACUAAACCCAGUGUUGGAACAACCUCUGGUGUGUCAAUAUUUAGUGGAGACCUUGACGAUCUGCUGCCCAAAGGGCACGACUCCUCUGAUGAAGAGUUGAGGAAGCCACCAUCGCCUUCCAGGGCAGGCACCAAAAAGGAACUGGGCAAGCCACAGAAAGUGAUUGAUUUCGAUUUCAACUUGGAAGGACUCGAUGAAGAGCACGGCUUUGGUGGCAGCGCAAAGAGUUGCCCCAAAGUGACUGCUGGCGGCAGUAGCCAGCUGAUCCACUUUGACAUCGACUUUGAGAACCUUGAAGCAAGCAGCAGUGUACCGAACAGCUCCAAAGAGAAGUACUCGCCAUCAUCUCCAACUUCAGUUAUGAAGAAGGAUUGUGGCUCAGACCCUGAGCCUGACAUGCUGAGUUCCCUGCUGAGGAAUCCAUCUCCACCACCACCUCGCAGAAACAGCAGCUCCAAGUCAAGCCCGGACCUGUAGCUGUGUAGGUGUUUUGUUUUUAUGAAAAGGGAAACCAGUGCUGUAGCUGUAUAGACACACACAUUUUAUCGCAUUACAGCUUCGAAAUCACUGUCGUCUUGAUUACCAACGUCUCCCACGCUAUGUUUGUUAAAUGCAUUAUUGUAUACGUAACGGGUUUCAAGCCAGCACCUUGUGCAUCAGUGUACAUUUAAAAAUUCGAUAAAGGGGUGAGGUGACAUGGUCUGUUGAUUUUUACUGUAUCACACUCUGUACACAGGUGGAACCAAAGGUAUGUGGAACAUAGUGCUGGGUUUUAAGUUCACAAAUUUGCACCAUUGCGAAGUUUGCAAGGCAUUAAAGUGUCAAAGCGUGAGCUUUGACAAGCAUCAGUGCAGUUAACACAGUGCCUUGUUCUGUUUAGUUGUGGUUCCACCUCGUACAUGCCAUCUUCACGGCAGCACACGGCCUGUUGUAGAAUGUUUGUCAUCGAAUGUGCAUUUGCCACUAUUUUGUACACAAGCAUAACAUGUUUACGGACACUUUUUGCUUGUGUAUAAUCUGUGCAGAUGUGCAUUCAUGAAGUGUGACAUAGCUCUGGAAGGCUUAUAUUUUAGGGUGGAGUGGUGAAUGGCAGCAGCGCUGUGAAGAUUGCCAUCUUAUUUGCUCAUCGUAAGUAACCAGGAACUUUUCUUUGUUUUGCUUUUCAAGUUCAAGCUCUUCUUAAAGCAGACAAAACGUGCUGCAAAGAAGCAUUGGUACAAAUUUCGUAUGGAAAUCUUCACUGUAGCUAGUCCCACCGUACUGCGAAACCAGAAGUUCCACUUUUAACUUAUAUAGUGCGAGCUUUUGCACCUCAAUUUUGUUGCCUCAUCCCCCCCCCCCCUCAGUUAUGAAAUAUGCACAUGUCUUGUACAGCAAAUCCCACAUUGGCAUCGUUUUUACCCAAUAUGCUGUCAUUUUCUUAUUGUGGUGGUGCAUUUGAUGAUUUAAAGUACUUAUGUGCAUUUGAGCCUUCAUAGACACAGUAUGUUGCCUAAAAAAAAUGAAUAGAGUUAAUCUUUUGUCAGUACAUGUUACUUUAAUUUCUCUUUUAUUGCACACAGCCAGCGUGUAUGUACGCAGGCGAUUUUUUCUCCGCACAUUGUCUCAGUAAAUAUAAGUCCAUGCCUGCUUUGUUUUUUCCAUCUAUUUUGCAUGAAAUUUGUCUUGCCAGAUCUCUUCUGUGUAGUGACUGCUUAAGCUAAUGCCCAAUGGAAAUAGGACAAUGUCCCUAUGUGUCCAGUACUCUGUAGAAGCAUGUGAAAGAAAAAUAUCCUUCUACUGUUGUCAUAAAUGAAUAAAGACACUGGGUGUUCUCCCCAAAAUA